AUGAGUACGCGAAAGACGAGAGUUACGGUACUCUUCAAUGAUCUAGAGGAACUGGAAAGGGCCUUUGCGGAUACUCCAGAGGGGAUCUCGUCGUCAAGUAGUAUAGUGAUAACGGGAUCAAAUCAGUGGGUGCAGCACAGGACCACAAUUGGCCUUCCUAAUCAUUUUGAGCCACUUAGAAUUACCUGGAAGGCCACAAAGCCACUGAAUUAUACUUUACAGGCACCGUUGAUGGAGGGGAUGAACAUAUACUCUUCUAAGUCUUCUCAGCACCCAUCGCUUGCAAAUUCGAUCAGUUCAGCCAAAUACAAUCUAAUGCAUUCCGAAGCUAUUGAUGAGGCCCUGAUUAGAGAAAUACUACCCGUUGAGAUUGCCGGUAUAAACUUCACGAUCAAUGAAGAUAGACAUUACGAUAUUUUACUUGACCGGCAGACACUUAAAAUCGAUGAAUACUACGCUUUAGAUGUCGGGAAGACUCAAAACAUUUCUUAUAGCCCGGAACUUGGGAAGUUUGAAUUAGGGCUCUUUUUCCCAGAAUCAAAUAAUGACCUUGAGGUGAAUCUUAAUGGAGCACGCUGCAGUUGGACUGAUGAUGGUGUCAUGGAACAAUGCAAAAAAACCUAUUUGUUCUACCAACGUGCUCAUUUUGCUCCUAUAGAGGCCGAUAGCUACCCAGUCAGGCUGUUAGAGCCCGUUGGUCUCCAUCCAACUGUGUCAGUUGAUCUGACAAACGCAGAAAUGGUCGAAAAAUGCGCUUUUUAUAUGUACCUGACAACGCCUGCAGAUUUAUUCAUGGAUAAAUUUGAUACAUCACCGAUAUUCCUCGCAGGUGCCACGGACUUAGAAGCUCCAGAGUAUCGCAUUGUGAAGGAAGUGUGGGGUAUGGAAUCUCUGCUUGAGCUCACUCCAGGGAUGGUCAACGACGUAAAGCUGCAUACGCGAUAUGUGCUGCCACAAUCAGUAAAAAGUUCAAAGAGUGUGAGAUUUACGCCUCACAUCUUUCAAGCUUGUGAUUCUGGAAGUGACAGCAUACAUGAAAAUCCAUUCUAUACAAAGUCGUUGGGUUUCGACUCAUUAUUCACCAACGAUACCAUAUUCAAACACUUCAACACUCCUACCCUUGAGUUGGCUAUUCCUGCUGCUGAUUCUAACGACUAUGAAUUUGUGAGAUCCACAACAUGGGCAUGUUUGAUCAUAUCCGUGCUAUAUCUCUGCUUGAAGAUACUUCGAAAAUGA